UUUAGAAUUAACAAUUUUACUCUGCAGAAUUGUAAAUCCCCAACACCAAUUCUAUUCAGCUAAUUCCUUUAGUUAUUCAGUUUCAAUCGUUAGUAUCGCGCCGACCAUCACAAUCGACGUUACCUCGCAGAAUGGCUUCUGUAAUCGGACUUAUAUCAAACAAAUUUUCAGAAAUAGUACAAAACAGAGAUACUCGUUUAGACCAUCUUCCAUUCACAUCGCCAUCGAGUCUAGUACUGGUAUUAGUCAGCUAUGUAUACUUCGUAAAACGGUAUGGUCCUUCAUAUAUGGGUAAACGAGAACCGUUCGCCCUCCAGACAACAAUCAUUAUCUACAAUCUAAUCCAAAUCGUCCUCAACUCUGCUUAUGUUCUUCACACAGUACACUACUGGUGGACACACAAGCCGUAUUUUAACUUUGCAUGUCAACCGAUAGAUUGGGGAUCAAAUGUGCUAGCUAUUACGGAGGCAAAGACCGUGUACUACUUUCAUUGUUUGAAACUGUUGGAUCUGUGCGACACGGUGUUCUUUGUGUUAAAAAAGAAUGCCAGGCAGAUAUCCUUUCUUCAUGUGUAUCAUCACGUGGCUGUAUUAACUUUAAGUUAUAGAUGUCUUGCAUGGUCACCAGGAGGCCAAUUUAUAAUAAUCGGUACGGUCAAUAGUUUUGUUCACGCAAUUAUGUAUACGUACUACUUAUUCAGCGUGUUCGAGCCCCAACUCAAGGAAAAUGUUACAAUUAAAAGAGGGGUGACCACAAUACAAAUGAUUCAAUUUCUAAUAUUAAUAACAUAUUUCGUUGGUCCUCUGUGCAAUCCGGACUGCCCAUUAUUUAAGCCCUACGUACUUGAACUUAUUCUCCAAAAUGUUUUCUUAUUAUAUUUAUUCGGGAACUUUUAUUAUAGAACAUAUUGUGUGAAAAAGGUACAAAAAUGCAAAUAAAGAACU